UUUUUCUUUCUUUCUUUUCUAUUCGUUGGUAUAAAUUCCUCACCAAUUUUCAUUGAAAGCAAAAUGAGAGAAGAUCUAAUCUAAAGUCUCACUCAUCUCAUUUUCUGAAAGUGAAAGGGCAGAGAAGAGACUCAGAGAGAGAGCUUAAUUUUUCCAACACCCAUGACUCGCAACAAGAACUCUGCAAUCUGUUUCUUUAAGAUCAUCACAACAUACAUGCAUUGAAGCUGGAAAACUUAAGCUCCCAAAUGGUUUCAUUAAGAAAUACAGUGGUGAUAUGCCAAACCCAGUAAUUCUCAAGCCCCCUGAUAACACUAGUUGGGAGAUACAUUGGAGUAAACAUGAUUCUGAUAUUUGGUUUCAAAAGGGUUGGGAAGAAUUUGCGAAAUAUUACUCCCUCUACCAUGGGCACUUGGUUUUGUUUGAAUUCAAGGAUGCUUCUCAUUUUGGGGUGCAUAUAUUUGACAAGAGCACCCUUGAAAUAGAAUAUCCUAUGAUCUAUGACAAUCAAGAUGAAGAGAACAACAACCCUGAUCAGAUGAGUGACAACUCAGUUGAGAUUUUGUAUGAGAUACCUUCUUGGAAGAAGACUAAACUGAAAUCACCCAUUGCAUGUCCUCAACCAAGUAAGAAAUUGAGAACCAGGACAAGCAAAGAUGUUGGAAGAAGCCCUAAAUUGCAAAACUUGUCUAAACAAGUCCAAACUAUUGAAGGUAUUCAGUCUCAUGUUACAAACUUGGAGAAGUCAACAUUGGAACCUGUCCAUAACGAAUUGGAGGAUGGUGCAGGUGGAAGCACUGAAUGUCUUAAAAGGGAUCACUUAACUUCUAAAACCACUAAAGCUUUGAACCAAGCCAGAACCUUCAAAUCUAAAAAUCCGUCCUUCGUGAGUGUCAUGAAACCUGCCUAUAUUUAUCGACAUUCCUUGCAUGUCUCAUCACAAUUUGCAAAAAACUAUUUGAAGAAGAAGAGGGAUAUCAUUCUUCAGGUCUUGGAUGGAAGAACUUGGACUGUUAGUUAUAAACUCGGCAAAUUCACUGCUGGAUGGAAGAAGUUUGCAUCAGAUAAUAAAUUGAAGGUUGGGGACGUUUGCCGUUUUGAGCUGAACAAGAGGGGAAGCCUUUCAUUGAAAGCAUUGAUCUUUCCACUUGCAAGAGAACCUCAUUCCCCUCAAUCACAAGUUCAAGGAGAUGGAGCCAAUUGGAGAGUCCAGGACACUAAAAGUAAAACUGUUACUACUACCAGUAGAGGUGGGAAGGCAACUCAACAAGAUUCAAUGUUGAUUAAUCCCUUAACAAAUGGAGCUCUGGAUGAAGCUAACAAAUUUACUUCAGAAAAUCCCUGCUUCAAAGUCACAAUACAACCUGAUCGUGCGGGGAAUUAUUACAGACCGCACGUAACUCUUACCUUCAUGAAAAAGUACUUAAAUAAAAAGAAGAAUGUGAUGUUACAGUUUGGGAACAAUUUGUGGCCUGUGAAGUUGCUCCAUUCAGCCUCAUAUGGAGCCAAGUUGUCCAAAGGUUGGGCCCUAUUUGCAGGAGAAAGUAAAUUGGUAGCUGGAGAUGUUUGUGUCUUUGAGCUCAUCAACAAAGAAGAUGCUGUGUUUGAUGUUCAUAUUUUCAAAGGUCACUGUUCAUAUUUUACUCAUGUGAAAUGCAAUGAGUAAAAUGCACCUUUUAUUUUCAUUAUCAAAUAUCAAUCUAUCCUUAAAUAGUUAAAUGCAAAUCUGGAACAUUGUUGUCUACUGUACCAUACCAAACUUUGCUUAAUAUGCAGGUUCCUUUGC